GGUAGAGCUUUUUGUGCGGAUGGCCAUUCAAGGGUGCAUAACUUCCAAGUCGGUUCUGGUGAAUAGAGGUAUCCUAAAUAGCAACCUUGGUCAAUGCCUUUUCUGCAAUGCAGCUGAAGAAACACCAAACCACUUGCUUCUAUUAUGUGAUGUGGCUAGAAGGCUUCAAGUUUAGUAAUUUAGAGAAGCUUUGCUGGCAGGCUUCCUUUUACUCUGGGGUAUGGACAAUUUGGACAUGUAGAAAUGAACUAGUUUUCAGGAACGAAGUGUGGGAAGUGGAGGAAAUAUCUGAUUUGGUUAAAAUGAGAAUGACCAUUUGGAUCAAAGGCAAGUAUAAUAUCAGAGAAUACUCUAUUGAAGACUUCAAAUGGAAUCUAGCUGGGAUAAGUUUUAUUGUAGCUGUUGCUCUUUGAACUCCUAUCCUUUGGAGGGCUAAGAGCAGUUUAUGAUUCUUUUGCUACUGCUGAGUUUAAGAUCUUCAUGGUCUCUUUCCAACCCAAUGUUUGGGGGGCUAAGAGGCUGAAAUUGGAUGGUUUUUCUUCCUCUUUCCAACUCCAACUCUUGGGGGGCUAAGAGAAUUAAGGUUAUAUGCUGUCCACAUUUGGACUGCUGGAUGGUUUUUCUUCCUCUUUCCAACUCCAACUCUUGGGGGGCUAAGAGAAUUAAGGUUGUUUGAUGUCCACAUUUGGAAACUGCUGCACUUUGUUCUCAAAUUUGCUUCUGCUCAUGUAAUAGAUGCUGUUUGGAGGGUGCUGUCAGUUUCUUGAAGUUUCCUGCUCAUGAAUUAUAUGCUGAAUGGUUAGGUUGUCAUGAUCUCUUACCAACCCCAUUGAUUGGAGGGCUAAGAGGCAGCCAUUGGAUGCUUUCUCCUCCUUCCAACUCUAGUCUUGGGGGGCUAAGAGGUUAAGUCUAACUGCGAUCUUAGAGUUAUUCUUCCUUUUUGCCCUCUUUUGUGGGUUCUGGUUGCUGCUACUGAAGAUUAUGUGUGAAGCCUGUCUGUAAAAUUGGACGCCAGAAUUGAGACCCAAAAAGUUAGGGUUAUUUUCUCAUUACGUUGUACUUAUACAAAUGUAAAUAGUAAUUACACU